AACUGACUUGAUAAUGUCGCUCUGCCAUCGUUAACCAGUCAGUCUUUAUACUAACAUUGUAACAGUACAAGCCAUUAUAAUCUCUUUUUUUUUCUUCUUUUCCUUACUAUAUAUUUUCAAAACACGCUUCAUUGGUUCGAAACGUCUAAUAAUAAUAAUUGAAGCUUUCUUUUGCCGCAAUAUACGAAAAAAAAAAGAAACGAGAACAUUAACUAUUUUUAUAUGCGUAGCAAUUGUUUUGAAAUGAAUUGUUGGUGAAAGUUUUCUUUCCAAGUCAUAUUUGGGUGGAGAAUUAAAAAAUAAAAAACAAACAUAAGUGAUAAACAAUUUAACUGAACAACUAAUGAAAUGACAAUAACAAUAAAUGUCGAAUUAUUUUAAACGCUCCUAAAGGAAAACAUGAAUAAAAAAAGUUUGGAACUUCCUUCCAAUCAUACGCACUGUAGAACUAUAGAUGUGGAUCAUCCAUUGAGAUUCGAUCAAGGAAAAAUGGAAACAAAUUCUCCAGGUGAAACGGAAUUAUCAGAAAUGAAAACUGUGACAAUGUCAUCGAUGAAUGUCACAGCAUCAAAUCCAAAUCAUUCCAAUGAUCAUCAAUGUCGAAAUGGAACCUGUAAAAUGUCAACAAUUAGACAUAAUCCACAACCUGAGAGUCCUUGGCAUUAUUUAAAAACUGUUUUUCUCAUUAGCGUUAUUAUUGCUCUAAUUAUUUGGAUAAUUGUUUAUACUUUAUUGGUUCAAUACAAAGUAUUGUAAUCAUUUAUUAUUAUUAUUAUUAUUAUUAUUAUUAUUUUUAAUUAGUUUUAACUUGACUUUUUUUACUACGAUUUUUAACAACUAUGCGUUAAUUUUUAGUUUUAUAUUUCAUUAUUCUCUUUGUUAUUUUUGUUAAGUUAUAAUUAGAUUAUCUAAUUAAAUAAAAUUAUUAAUUAAUAAUUAAUUAUUAACGCUCUUUAACUAAUUUUCAUGAAAUUGU